ACUUACCUCGUAACUUAGUUUCAGCGUCUCGGAGACAAACAUUACAUUAGUAACAUUUCCAAAAUUGUUUCAACAGCGAGCAUAGUAUGAUCUGCUAAAAUUUGUGUAAAAAAGCGGGCUUAAACCAUAACAUUUGUUAUGGAAGCUCAAUAUAAUUUGCUGAAAUUGAUAAGCGAUCGUGAAUUAAAGCACGAAAACAAGUUAGAUGACGAGGAUCAUGUCGUGGAAGAUAGCAACAGCGUGGUGACUUAUGCCUUUCCAGCCUUUCUGUCUUCACAGCGAUUUCCACGCAACCGCGUUAAAAAAUUGUUAGACCGUUCCUUGUACCAAGGAGUGUCAGCAGAGGUUGAAGCGGAAGGUCUGUUUAUACAGUUAACUGGAGAUGGUUUUCCGUUCAGACAGGUUUUCCUUGGACUGACACAGAGAGAAUUCUGCAUUAUAAAACAGGAGAUUGAGAAUUUUGAACCUGUUUUGAAUGACAAGAGGGAUAUUGAGAUCGCCAACCUUGUUGUGGACCAAAUAAUACCUCUACCUGUAAUACGUUUCCUGAUCUUGGACGAUAGUUCAAAGUAUUUCACAAUUCUGACGUACCCAGGAAUGCGAUACCGUUUUCAAAUGUGUCAGCUGGACUCUGACUCUGAUGAUAUGUGGCAAAAAUGGCGGGAAAUAAUCUUAAGCCUUAGCGAUGAUCCAAAAAGUACAGACCCAAAUAUUUGGAAAACAUCAUACGUGAUUGCUUUACACAGCGGAGUUGCAACUAGAAGCAAGGUUAAAUCAGCUUACGCCAAGCCGCUUGGUUUUGUGGCAGUUCGAAAUGUUGGUAUUCAGACAACAGAAAAUAUGAUAGAAGAAAUUACCAGUAAUGACAAUGCUAUAAAUAAAACAAGUGAUACAGGUCUUGAAAAAGAUAGCGAUAGCAGCUCUUCGUCCGAAUAUGACUUUUUGGAAAAAACAAAAAUUGGUUACAAACCGAAGGAUAGAUUAGCCGUACUGUUUACCAGAAGCAGUUUUGCGUCGUACAACGACACUGAAAAUAUCAUGUGCCCAGACACAGAAGAUACGAUGAGGUCCGACACAGAAGAUGAAACAAGGCCUGACGCAGGAGAUCGUAUAAUGAAACCUGACACGAAAUAUAUAAUGAGGCCCGAUACAGAAGAUACGAUGAGGGUCGACACAGAAGAUAUAAUGAGGCCCAACACAGAAAAUAUAAUGAGGCCCGACCCAGAACAAAUCAUGAAGCACGAGCUACGAAAAACAAGGUCCCUUAAUGAUCUACCUGACUCGUUGUGUAAAAUGCUAGAUACACCGAUCGCGGAACCUUCAACUUUGAAGAAGCUGUCAAAGGUCGGGGAUAGUAUACGCGCAAGUGGAAACGAAAGUUCCAGUGAAUCUGACAACGAUCUAGACGAAUGGACUGGAGAAGCCAAAUAUACAAUGGAACAUCGUGAGACUGCUCGGUCUGCAAGAGAUCUAUGGAGUUUCGUGCGUACACGGGUUGUUCCAAGACAAAAGUCCAAAAUUAUAGGGAGAUUUCAACGUAUCGUCCACCUGGCCCACUUCAGAAUACUGAGCAGGAGAGACGAUACCCUGGCUCAAUCAGUCAUAGAGCUAGACGUCAUGGACGUGUCCUUACAGCUGGCCUACAUGUCGAGGAAACUAUUUCUUGCAGUAACCGCAACAGAUUUGGAUAUUUUUACUCGAUCACACGGGAAAGAGAUUAAUGGAUCCCUCGAGACGAUUUUAAAGUUCAGUGAGAAUAUACGUAAAAUGGUCAUCACCGAGGUUCUAAAAUCUCGUAGCCUUUCCGGGUCUAUUCACGCACUGAAGUUCUUCCUACAGGUAGGAUUAAAGCUCCUAUUUCACCUGCACGACUUCCAGUCCUUAAUAGCGAUUGUACGAGGUCUGACGUCACUUCCGUUAUAUCGUCUGGACAGAAUUUGGUUAACAUUCUUCAUACAGGAGCCAUUUGCUUUUUGCCAUUUUCUGACGCUAGUGCAGUUCUUGAAUCCGACGAAGCAACAUGCUGCAUAUUUUGCUCGUGUGACCACGUGCUUGAGAAGACAAAAGCCGUUCAUACCAUUGCUGGACCAUAUUUUGGAGCAUUGUUUGAAAUGCAAGAACGAGAAACACGGUGAUUCUCACCAAUGGCAGUACAGAGAUGUAAACAUCGACCCGAUGUACACAAAAUAUGACAGCAGGGAACAGUCUGAAAAGUCUGACUUAAGAAUGCCAACUCAUGACACGGAUUUACAGUCACACAAAGACAAGCAGAGAAGUAAUGCUAUUCCAGAAAACGGAACAAAUGACAUGUCUUUGCCAGUGAGGCUUGAUACUCAAGACUCGACAAACGUAGAAGUUUCUCCUAGACCUGUAUCAUCCCGUAGCAGUAACAAGAAAAAACGUCAUUCCUUCAAACAAAUACUGUUUGACGGAUAUCUUACUGAUCUGCUUUUCGGAAAGAAACCGAAGUACCACGUGGCUUUAAAGAAUGACUCAGUUGCUCAAGGAGGGCUUGGAAUAGAGGAAAAUGGUGAAAUGUUGUCUCAGACGAAUGAUGAGAAAGGCUGUCGAAACAAUUUGAAAAAGUCUCCUCUUUUGAUGCAGUAUUUCGAUAAUACAGCUAGAAAUAUAUUGUGUUCAGCUGUAAAAGAAGCUAGAGAGUUGAUUGAACGUGAUGAAAUGUCCAUUGACAGUGAAGAUGAUAGUUCCGUAUAUAGUGGCACAAGUUCACCGGUCUACAUGAGUGAUCAUCCGGGUGAAGGUCUUCGAGAAGAAAAGGACAUAGAAAUUGAAUUUUGUUUACAGGAAAUGCCAGAGACGAAGUUUGAAGAAAACAGUGAAACUUUCAAAGGUAGCGAUGCUAAAUCAAAUGAAAUAAAAACAGAAAGAAGCAUAAAGAGACCACCUGAAUUAAAGCUGAUCGAAGUUAGUAAAUCGAACUCUGAUGACAUUAAGCACGUAAAAAAUUUACUCGACGAUGCUGAUGAUGCAGACAAUGCAAACAGAAAGUCCAAAGCAAAAUUAUCAGAGAAAGGAAAGAUACAAAACACAAACACAAGGAAGAAAGGAUUUUUAAACCUGAAGCAGAUAAUGAAAAAGUUCAGAAAAGCGAAGAAAGCUGAUUUUAAGCAUAUAAAAGUUUUACAGAAUGACAUUGAUGAAAUAGCCGAUUUAAUGCGUUCUUUCGAAGCAUUUGAUUUUGAAGAAGACGAAAGAGAGCAAGCAGCUGAAAGCAGUAUCACAACAGAGACAGUGAGUGAACAUAAUGAUGAGUUCACAGUGAACACAAAACAUGUACCCGAUAUGGGGAGUCCUUUAAAAACAACUGACUUUGAAGAGGUUAAGUCUACAGACACAGUAGACAAAAAUAAAGCAACCGAGGCGAACAGCGGGCAAAAUGUUGAGUUCAAAAAAAACUCUAAAUCUGUACUAGGAGGCUUAAGCAGGUCUUUCGAAACAUUUGCCGAUGAACAAAAUGGGAAAAUGCCAACAGUAGCCACAAAACACGUAACAGAUAUGACGAGUAUGCAAAGUGACGAUUUCAAAACGAGCAUUCAAUCUUUACCUGACUGGAAGAGGUCCAUUAAACACUUCGAUGACGAUGUACAGGUAUCACAAGUUGAUAAAAAUGCAGCAAUAGAGAAGAAAACAAAAUCUUUCUCAGAUAUCAACAACUGUUUGAAAAUGUUUGACGUCAGGAAAGACCAAUAUUAUUCAAACGAUACAUUGAGCGUACACAAUUUCAAAAAGCCCUCACAAUCUUUACCAGAUAUGAAGACUUCUUUCUACAACAUUGAUGCCAAAGAAGAUAAAACUCAGUCAACAGUGGACAAAAAUAACGAUACAGAAAAGGUAACAGAAAAUAAAUUUAAAACGACCUCAAAAGCUUUACAUCAUAUAAUGAACUUUCGAAAGUUGUUUAGCACCGAAGAACUAGAAAAUAGUGCAACAGAGGAAAACAAUAGCGAAGAUUUUGCAGUAAUGGAUAAUAAUGAUGGCUUCGAAACGAAUACAGAAUCUGUAUCAUUCAGGCCCAGGAGAAAAUCGUACGUACCUGAAAUAGUAGCAAUGGGCAGAAGAAAAUCAAUGUUUGAAGAAGCGAUUGCCAACAAGUUUGAAGAAGAAGAUGAAGCAUCAAUUUUUGAACAUUUAAAAAGCACCAAAUUAAGUGAACUGAAGCAGAAGAGGUCAGCUGUUUUCGAUCUUCUUUCUCCGGACGAAGAAGACUUGGCAGAAGACGAUAAAAAAUCUGAGCCUUGCAUCACUGGAAAAAGGACAUUGAUAGAGUCUGUUACAAAUUUGUUCGGAAAUAACAAUAAAAGCAAUAACUCAAGCCUGGAAAUAACCAAUGAUGAGUAUCUGGCAAAUAUUUGGUGUAAAUCGGUGGUACGACUUCACGCUAAAAUGGGAAUAACUAUGAAUCGUGAAAAAGAGAGUAUUCCAAUUAGCGGUGACAGGUGUCUUGGAAAUUUGAAAUUGUCUACCGGCACUUUUCAGGAAAAUAUUAACCAGAAUUCUCUAAUUAUGCUUGUCAAAAGUGACCAUGAUAUAGAAUAUGCCCAGACUGCUUCAUCACAUGUAAAAAGCAGAUUAGGGUACUAUGAUACGGUAGUUGAAAAUUGCCCUGGAAACGGUCAAUGUUCUCUAUGUAGUAACAAAGCAUGCUUGUAUGAAUCUGGCAUCUGGAAUCACAUUUUAGAUACUCAGAUAAACCUGUUGAAAAGGAGGAUACAGUCACGUCAGAGAGUAAAACAUUUUUUAGAUUCUGUUUUUACUAUAAACAAUUUCUUGACAGAUUUUGAUAUUUUACAACUGUCAACUCAGUCAGGAUAGAAAACAAAUAUAACAGUAAUAAAAAGUG